GACCCGCCCCAGUGCUUGACAGACUGGAAGGAACACUUCUCACAACUUCUCCAGCAGCUGUGGAGUGGGACCUCUGUGGCAUCACGCAGUAUCACCGAGCGACAAUCGGCCAAAAUGUAAAGGAUAAGCAACCAUACACCACUUUCUGAAAGUAGGUGUGGAUUUGAGAAGUGUGACAUUCUUAAAACGACGCGUAAAGUUGUUGUUGCGCAGCAGGGACGCGCUACAAUCUGUGCGUAAAGUGAGCCAAAGAGGACAGAAGUAAAAAAAAAAAAAAAAAAAAAAAUCUGCGGUGGAUCAAACGUUUUCCCGGAUGCGAUGGAUGCGUCAGUGAGCCUUUGGGACGGAAUGAAAAACUGACGCUGUGAGGAACAAUCGCUUCAACAGUUGGUGUCUUCUUCCUAGAGUUUGGCGAAAGAGCCGGAGCGCAGCGCGCAGCAGGGCAGCAGAUGCCGGACAGUGACUAAGCCUUAUGGCUGGAAAGCUCAUGAAUUGAAUUUGUCUGGAGCGCAGACUUUAUGUAAGAAGUAGGACAAGAAUUAGGCUUCACCGCCCAACUAGUUCUUUCCGCCAUGCGUAGAGAUGCCGUGUCGUCCAGCAUCUUGGUGUUAUGAUAGAGUUUAGUUCCAGAGGGGCAGUUUUACAAAAAAUUGCAGCUAGCUGAUGCCACUGCUCCAACAGGAGUUAGUGGAAAGUUUUGUCGUUUACUACCUCUGAUCAUCAUGGACGAGAGUGUGGAGUGUGCUGCGGCCGACAGCUGCUCGGACGGGGAGAGCAUCAACCUCAGCGUGCUCAACUGGGAGCAAGUGCAGCGGCUCGACACUAUCCUCACCGGCUCCAUCCCCAUCCACGGCCGAUGGAGCUUCCCGACUCUGGAGAUGAAGCCACGAGAUAUCGUCAAGGUGGUCCGGAGCCGCAUGGAGGAGAAGCGGAUACAUGUCCGGGAGGUGCGCCUGAACGGCUCCGCGGCCAGCUACGUCCUGCACGAGGACAGCGGUCUGGGAUGGAAAGAUCUUGACUUAAUAUUCUGCGCCGAGCUGAAAGGAGAGAUGGAGUUUCAGAUAGUGAAAGAUAUAGUUCUGGACUCUCUUCUAGACUUCCUGCCCGAGGGCGUGAAUAAAGAAAAGCUCACACCACUGACCUUAAAGGAGGCCUAUGUGCAAAAGAUGGUGAAGGUGUGUAAUGACUCUGACCGCUGGAGUCUCAUCUCCCUCUCCAACAAUCGUGGUAAAAAUGUGGAGCUAAAGUUUGUGGACUCUCUUCGUCGGCAGUUUGAGUUCAGCGUGGACUCCUUCCAGAUCCGGCUGGACUCACUUCUCCUCUUCUAUGAGUGCUCAGAGCACCCAAUGGCCGCCACUUUCCACCCCACCAUCCUAGGGGAGAGCGUCUACGGCGACUUCCCCACCGCCCUCGACCACCUGCGCAAGCGCCUCAUCUGCACUCGGAGUCCAGAGGAGAUCCGAGGCGGGGGCUUGCUGAAGUACUGCCACCUCCUGGUGCGGGGUUUCCGUGCAGCUCGUGAUGACGAGAUGAAACAGCUGCAGCGCUACAUGUGCUCCCGCUUCUUCAUAGACUUUCCUGAUGUGAGCGAGCAGAGGAGGAAGCUGGAGUCCUACCUGCAGAACCACUUUGUAGACCUAGAGGACAGGAAGUAUGAGUAUCUGGCCACGCUGUACGGCGUGGUGCAGGAGAGCACGGUGUGCCUGAUGGGCCAUGAGAGGCGUCAGACGCUCAGCCUCAUCUCGUCGCUGGCGCUGCGGGUCCUGGCAGAGCAGAACGCCUUUCCCAACGCUGCCAACGUCACCUGCUUCUACCAGCCGGCUCCUUAUGUCUCAGAUGGCAACUUCAGCAACUAUUACAUAGCGCAGGUUCAGCCUGUCUACCCCUGUCCUCCUUCGCCUCCUCAGCAGUACCUUACUCCUCCGCAACAUCCCAUGUAUGCCACCUGGUUGCCCUGUAACUAAACCUUGUGUACAUUCAUGCACUUUUGUGUGACUGGUGGAACACAUGCCCACUUAUAAGGGAAGAAUGAUCUAUUUCUCUCUGCCUAUCUGAUGGGGAAAAAAAUCAAAAUCAGACAAAGAGUGCAGAUAAAAGAUGAGAAUGAAGGAAGGAAGGGAAAUGAGGACAAAGAACCUGGAUGAAGGCAGUGGGCCAGAGAAAGGCUUUUCCCCAGUGUAGGGUGCCACAGCAUGGAGGAGCUGAGCACACAGGGAAAGAUGCCAAUGAAAGAAGCUGACCCAUCAGUUUUAUGGUUCUUUCAUCAGGGCUAAGAUCGAUUGGGUAGAGCAAACCACAAGUUGAGCUCAGCCUCGGAGUCUUUAACAGCCUGGAUGUGAUGACAUUUUCCCCCUGUGUUGAGUUAGGGCUCACAGGAACUCAAAUUUCAAACGGUGAACAUGUACACUAUAAUAUCCACAUCCGCUUCACAUGAUAAACCAAAACAGACACUCGCAUACAGCACAGCCACGGAGAGGAACAGAAGACACAUGACGCAAUGAAGAUAUUGAUUCAUGGUCAAACAGCAGCAGCCCUCCAACCUUUUACAUGUGCUGUGUUGUGUGUGUGUGCGUGUGUGUGUGUGUGUGUGUGUGCGCGCAUGUGUGCGUGCAUGUGUGUGUGUGUGUCACAGACAAUGCAAAAAGAGGAACUGGAUACUGUUUACAAAUCCAAAGAUCUACUUUGAUACUCAAGUUUAUCCGAACUCUGAAAAAAAAAAAAAAAGAAACAAAACAAUGCAUGCUUUAUUUCUGUACAGGAAUAAUUUUCUUUAAGUGCCUAGAUAAAGCCUAAAGGGAAGAGAUAUUUUUGUGAUUCUUUAUCGUAGAGAACUGUUGAGUUGUCUCAUUGACAUUUUCAAGGUGAUAAUGAAUAUACAGAGGAUCAGAGAGUUUACCAAUGCUGAGUAAGGUCUCUUACACUGAGGCAGCCGUAGGACCAAUAUUUGACAGUGUUUAGUUAAAGACUCUGCUCUUAUCUGCAGUCCUGCUGGACGAAUGCACAUCCUGAUUACCAAAGAGGAAGUAACAACGUAAUCUCAUCAUCUGUAGAAGAGAAAAGCUUUUCCCAAAGCGCAUUUCAAAAUGCGAUUUCACCACAUGUAAUUCUUUUAAAGUAUAUCAAAAUGCAUACAUGCUGAACUGUUCUACUGGUCUUUGGUAGACAUGAGUUAAAAUGCAUAUUAAUUAAUCAAAUUAUGCUACUCAAGCUUACUUAAAGAUGCCCUGUGGAGUUUUCUUGUAAACAAAAAAAAAAAACUAAAGUUAAGUUAUAUUCAGUUUUUGAACAUUUUAAACCAUGCAUUAUUUACAUUCGUGUUUGUGCUCUUCUUCUUUACUGCCGUUUUAGUGGGAUACAACACACCCUGCCCGUAUGGUUGCAUGUGCACCCAUGUAUGCAGGCACCAUACAAACAAAACAAGGACCCACUCAUGAAAAACUGCUUCAUAGCGCUACUAGUGGUCAUAAACUCUACAGGGUAUCUUUAAGUUUCAAAUUUAUUUUAAACAAAGUAAAUCAGAUAUGAAAUGUGUUUGGAAUUUUGAAAAUUACACUGGAAAGUUUUAAGACAAUUAAAAUACUUAUACCUUCCUUCUUUCAAAUAUAUAAAAUGUUCACCCCCCCCCAAAGACAUUUUGACAGUGUGUGUACUAAAAGAAAAAUGUUCUCUCCAAAAAAAAAAAAAACAAACACCAGAAGGUUCAGGAUAUGCAUCCCAUGUAUUGGUGUCUGCAAAUAUCUGCAGACCUCACACUGACACAACAAGCUGUGUGUUUGUCAGAGGGGUGGAGGUUGGAUUGUGUACGCAGGGAUGUUGCAGCAAUUUACAAGCACAAGUGUGCAACUGAUAGAGUCAGAGACCCGGCAGUAUGCAUGAAGCCAGAAAAGCUUCAGAGAUGAUGUAAGCUCGAUGAACAUCGGCCAAUGUACAGUAUUUCAUCCUCACUUUUAUAAAAAAAAAAGAAAAAAAAAAGUCAAAGUUGGAGAUGUCUGGAAAUUUGGCUGCAUUUAACACAAAAAAAAUAGAGAGUACACGAUAAAGACAAUCACAUGAAUAUUUGAAUGGCAAUAAGGCAAAUUGGCUCAGCUAUGAUGAUUUUGUGAUGAUCAUGAAAAUAACAGGUGUAAAUUUUCAGCUUUACAAGUGCAAGAGACUCAGUAUAUUCUCUCAAACAUGUCAGAGCUAUUUUUCUAUCAAUCUCUAUUUUUGUACAGUCUGUGUUUGGCUGGUGUAGCAGGCAGAUUCAAAGCUGUGUCUUUGAGUCGAAGAGUUUUUUUUUUGUUUGUUUUUUUUUUUUUUGUGGUGUAUGCAAAUUUGUGUGUUGUUUUUGCCGAUGUGCAGCAGUGCAGUUGGACACAGUGGCUACAAUGAUUUAACAUGUGUUCAUUGGAUGUGUGUGAUGAGCUGUUACAUAUGGAUUUCUGUUGCUCCAAAGAGAUUUUUUCACUGUUCCACGUGUGUUUAACUGCCGUCCUGUAUGGACAUAAAAGUAAUGAUCUGAUAAUUGUGUUCAAGUUUACUGACUUGAUAAUUAAAAACAAAAAAAGACAAUCUGAUAA